CCCCCAAAAGGAACGAUGGAGGCCGCGCCCGGGACCCCCCCGCCGCCGCCAUCCGAGUCUCCGCCGCCGCCGCCAUCCGAGUCUCCGCCGCCGCCAUCAACGCCUUCGCCUCCUCCGUGUCCCCCCGACGCCUGCCCGGCCGCCCCGCACCUCCUCCUCCACCACCACCACCACCACCACCACCACCACCACCUCCCGCUCCCUGACGACAGGGAAGAUGGUGAGUUGGAAGAAGGGGAACUGGAAGAUGACGGGGCCGAGGAGACCCAGGACACCUCAGGAGGGCCCGAGAGGAGCCGGAAGGAGAAGAGUGAGAAGCACCAUAGUGAUUCCGAUGAGGAGAAGUCUCACAGGAGGAUGAGGCGGAAACGGAAGAAAGAGCGGGAGAAAGAGAAAAGGAGGUCCAAGAAGAGGAGGAAAUCCAAACAUAAACGCCACGCAUCUUCCAGUGAUGACUUUUCUGACUUCUCGGAUGACUCGGAUUUCAGCCCCAGCGAGAAGUCGCACAGGAAGUACAGAGAGUACAGCCCCCCAUAUGCACCGUCCCACCAGCAGUACCCCCCGUCGCACGCUGCGCCCCUGCCCAAGAAGAGCUACUCUAAGAUGGACAGCAAGGGCUACGGCCUGUACGAUGACUACGAGAGCGAGCAGUAUGGGGAAUACGAGGGCGACGAGGAGGAGGAUGUGGGCAAGGAUGACUAUGAUGACUUCGCCAAGGAGCUGAACCAGUACCGGCGCUCCAAGGAGGGCAGCGGCCGGGGCCGUGGCAGCCGAGGACGUGGCAGGGGCUACCGGGGCCGAGGAAGCCGAGGAGGGUCUCGAGGCCGAGGCAUGGGCCGGGGUGGCCGUGGCCGUGGCAGAGGCUCCAUGGGAGACCACCCGGACGAUGAAGAAGACUUCUACGAGGAAGAGAUGGAAUAUGGAGAAAGUGAGGAGCCUAUGGGAGACGAGGAUUAUGAUGACUACUCCAAGGAGCUGAACCAGUACCGCCGGUCCAAGGAUGGACGAGGAGGACGAGGGCUCAACCGGGGCCGUGGCCGGGGUUCCCGAGGUCGAGGCAAAGGGAUGGGCCGAGGCCGGGGCCGAGGCGGGAGCCGAGGAGGAAUGAACAAGGGCGGCAUGAAUGAUGACGACGACUACUUUGACGAGGACAUGGGCGACAGUGGAAGCUACCGGAGAGGUGACCAUGACAAGAUCCACCAACAGUCUGACAAGAAAGGCAAAGUUAUCUGCAAAUACUUCUUGGAAGGACGGUGCACCUGGGGGGAGCACUGUAACUUCAGCCACGACAUCGAGCUACCAAAGAAGCGGGAACUGUGCAAGUUUUACAUCACUGGCUUCUGUGCCCGUGCUGAGAACUGCCCCUACAUGCACGGUGAUUUUCCGUGUAAGCUGUACCACACGACGGGGAACUGCGUCAAUGAUGAGGACUGCAUGUUCUCCCAUGACCCCCUGACUGAGGAGACAAGGGAGCUCUUGGAUAAGAUGCUGGCCAAUGACGCGGAGGCAGGUGCCGAGGACGAGAAGGAAGUGGAGGAGCUGAAGAAACAGGGCAUCAACCCCCUGCCCAAGCCGCCCCCGGGCGUGGGGCUUCUGCCCACCCCGCCUCGGCCCCCUGGGCCCCAGGCCCCCACCUCUCCGAAUGGCAGGCCCAUGCAGGGCGGCCCCCCACCUCCACCCCCGCCCCCACCCCCCGGGCCUCCCCAGAUGCCCAUGCACGAGCCGCUGUCCCCACAGCAGCUGCAGCAGCAGCAGGACAUGUACAACAAGAAGAUCCCCUCCCUAUUUGAGAUCGUGGUGCGGCCUACUGGGCAGCUGGCCGAGAAGCUGGGUGUGAGGUUCCCUGGACCUGGUGGACCCCCAGGGCCAAUGGGGCCUGGACCCAACAUGGGGCCCCCCGGACCAAUGGGCCCAAUGCACCCCGACAUGCAUCCUGAUAUGCACCCGGACAUGCACCCCGACAUGCACCCCGACAUGCCCAUGGGCCCUGGCAUGAACCCUGGCCCUCCCAUGGGACCUGGCGGCCCCCCAAUGAUGCCCUAUGGUCCUGGGGACUCCCCACACUCUGGAAUGAUGCCCCCCAUCCCAGCAGCACAGAACUUCUACGAGAACUUCUACCAGCAGCAGGAGGGCAUGGAGAUGGAGCCCGGACUCGUAGGGGACACAGAGGACUACGGGCACUACGAAGAGCUGCCGGGGGAGCCUGGGGAGCACCUCUUCCCCGAGCACCCUCUGGAGCCUGACAGCUUCCCUGAGGGAGGGCCCCCAGGCCGGCCGAAGCCGGGCGCCGGUGUCCCUGACUUCCUGCCCUCGGCCCAGAGGGCCCUGUACCUGCGGAUCCAGCAGAAGCAACAGGAGGAGGAGGAGAGAGCGAGGCGGCUGGCUGAGAGCAGCAAGCAGGACCGGGAGAAUGAGGAAGGUGACACUGGGAACUGGUACUCGAGCGACGAUGAUGAGGGUGGGAGCAGUGUCACCUCCAUCUUGAAGACCCUGAGGCAGCAGACCUCUAGUCGGCCCCAGGCUUCUGGCGGGGAGCUGACCGGCACUGGGCUGGGGGACCCCCGCCUCCAGAAGGGGCAUGCUACUGGAAGUCGCCUGGCAGACCCCCGUCUCAGCCGGGACCCCAGACUUUCCCGCCACGCUGCCACCGAGGUGUCCAGUGGAUCCGGUCCAGGGGAUGCCGGACCCUCAGAUCCACGGCUGGCUCGCACCCUGCCUGCCUCCAAAUCUGAAGGUAGCCUUCAUUCCAGCCCUGUGGGCCCCAGCAGCUCCAAGGCGACUGGGCCUCCGCCCGUGGAGGAGGAGGACGGGGAGCGGGCGCUGCGGGAGAAGGCUGUCAACAUCCCCCUGGACCCACUGCCCGGCCACCCGCUGCGGGACCCUCGCUCCCAGCUGCAGCAGUUCAGCCACAUCAAGAAGGACGUGACCCUGAGCAAGCCCAGCUUUGCCCGCACUGUGCUCUGGAACCCUGAGGACCUCAUCCCCCUGCCCAUCCCCAAGCAGGACUCGGUGCCCCCUGUGCCUGCUGCCCUGCAGUCUAUGCCCACCCUGGACCCCCGGCUGCAUCGCGGUGCCCCCUCAGGGCCCCCCACAUCCCGACCCCGCCCUGGUGCCCCCGUGGACUCAGGGGCACCCGGCUCCAGCCUGCCCGACUUUGAGCUACUCUCCCGCAUCCUCAAGACUGUCAACGCCACCGGCCCUGCAGCCACCCCCAGUGACAAGCCAAGUGACCCUCGGGUGCGCAAGGCCCCCACUGACCCCCGGCUGCAGAAGCCAGCCGAUGCCACCGCUUCUGCCCGGGCUGCUAAGCCCGGUCCUACCGACCCACCCUCGCCCAGCACCAGCCCCGGCAGAGAGUCCUCGCCCCCGGCCACCGCUCCCUAUGACCCCCGGGUUCUGGCGGCUGGCGGGCUGGGCCAGGGCAGCAGCAGUGGCCAGAGCAGCGUGCUGAGCGGCAUCAGCCUCUACGACCCCAGGACUCCCAACGCUGGGGGCAAGGCUGCGGAACCCGCCGCCGAAGGAGCCACCCAGCCCAAGGGUGCCGAGGGCAGCAGCAACAAUGGCAAAAGCCCCGCCGCCGCCAAGGCCAAGGAGCCUCCCUUUGUGCGCAAGUCAGCCCUGGAGCAGCCAGAGCCGGGCAAGCCAGGUGCCGACGGGGGCACCCCCACAGACAGAUACAACAGCUACAACAGGCCCCGCGCCAAGGCUGCCGCCGCCACCACCCCUGCUGGCACCCCCCCAGCUGAAGGCGCCCCACCCCAACCCGGUGUUCACAACCUGCCUGUGCCCACGCUCUUCGGGACCGUGAAGCCAGCACCCAAGACGGGCUCCGGCAGCCCGUUUGCCGGCAACAGCCCGGCCCGGGAGGGUGAGCAGGACGCGGGGUCCCUGAAGGAUGUCUUCAAAGGAUUCGACCCCACGGCCUCUCCCUUUUGCCAGUAGUGUUCAGCCGGACCCAGCCACACUCCCCGCAGCUGCCUGCCCAGGGUGAUCAGAGCAGAGGGGAUUGCGGGGGGCCUGGGGGUGUCUGGGUGUCCUUUUCUUUUCUUCCUCUCUUUCCUUUUUUUAAAGUAGUGCUUUCUUUGACGUGGAUAAAUUGUACAUAACCACCUUCAGUUCUGGUCAGUGCUGCCGGGGCUUCCAGCAGGCGCCCCUCCUCACCAGGCCCGAUGCUCAGGGACUUGCUGAGGGUUGGGCCUCUGGUCUAGUGGCGGGGAAUCCAGUGGACUUUCUGGGCAAAGCUUGCUGCCCCCCCACCUCCCUCCACCCACUCCCCAGGACAUGGGGACAGUGGUGGCCCCCUCCCAUGUGAGCCAGGAGCAGGCAGGCAAGGCACUUCAGAAGCGCAGACUGCCAGGGCCCCUGCGGGGCCGGGAGAAGAGCCCGAGAAAGCCAGCUGCCCCCCUUCUCUCUCCUGGAUCCGCACAUGGACCUCUCACCCGCCCUCACUGGGGGACCCCAGGGGAAGUGGGUCCCGGAGGGCUGGCCAGGUCCUCCUCAGUAUUAGCUGCCCUGUGUCCCCACAGUGGCUGCACCCCUGCUCCCCUCUUGUCGGUCUCCGGGGUUCAUCCUGGGCCGCAGAAGCCAGAGCGCCCCAGUCCCUGUGGGGCAGCUCAAGGAUCCGUGGUGGGGCUGUCCCGCUGCUUCCCCACGCGGGGCCGGGGCAGCUCUCUGCACAAAGUGUUUGUUUUGCUUUCCCCUUGCACCUUCCUGCACCAGGUCUCUUAGGAUGCGUUUGGUUUUCUUUUGCCCAGCCAAGCAGGUGCCCUGUUCAGAGGCGUGUGAGUUUGUGAGGGACUGAGAUGUGGGGUGAGGCCUCUAGUCUGCAGCCCUCAUCCCACCUCUCCCCAGGACCCAAAAGAAGGUGCACCCCAUGGACGUGGCCUGGCGAGGCUGGCCCAAGGGCAGCUGGACUACGGUCGAUCUGGUUCCCCAGGGGGCCUUUCUCUCCCACGAGUCAUCUCAAGCCCAGGCAGUGCGUCUGAAUUCCCCCACCUCCCUCCUGGGCCCAGCUCCCGGCCCCUGCACCUCAAUAAUAAUGAAAUCUGUACCCCCCCACUUCCUUGGCUUCUGAAACCAUCCUGCCACCCCCCGCCCCAGGCAAAGAAAUAGCCCUUGAGUUUGGGGCCAGAAGUGGGGGCACGUCUCAGGUUGGUUUUUGUCUUUUAUUUUUUAACAAUCAUUAGUAAGAUUUUUUUUUUUUCUUCAUCUGGUAGAGUUGGCCUUGAGACCAAGCCUGCGCUCUUGAUGUUUGUAAGAUAAAUCAGAAAAUGCGCAGUGGCUGUGUGGGUUUCUGUGUUUUUUCUUUUCCCUCUGAGAGGAUUUUCUUUUGUAACAAGAAAUAAUUAAAUCCUUUUUUAAAAUUGAAAUCUAUGGAUGAAAUAGAAGCUGGAACCACCUCCCCCUCCUUGGAAUAUUCAGCCUAAGAACCUCACAGAACUAUGAAUUCACCUGAAAUUUUCAUUUUUUGCCAUCAGGCCGAGCUUUUAAAAGGAAAAAAAAAAAAAGUUCUCUAACCAGGAUUGUAACAAAAAAAAAAAAAAUUAAAAAGUGUAAAUACUAUUUCAGAGUUGAAAGUUGAUGGUGCAAAUAUGUAUAUAACGUACUGUAUUUUUACAAUGAUCGUCGCAUGGCUCUGUCCCCCUCACCCCUUUUGUACUCCACAUCUGUCUUCCAGAAAUGUCUCCUGUCCUUUCUCCUGUGGUCUCUUAAUCCAAUAAUUGUAUUACUGCCAUUAAAGGAUGCAGUUAUUUUAAAAA